AUGGAUGACAGAGCCACCUCCAAACUUCUGUUCAGGGCUAUAAUGAAGGGCCAGUAUAAACCAGUGAAGAUUAAUGUGGACGGAGGAGCUGAUAUAAACACCGUCAACAAAAAUGGACAAACUCCUCUGAUGAAGGCUUAUUUGGAAUUGGACACGUCUUCCACACCAACCAUCGACACAUCUUCUGCCAGUUAUCUAGCUUCAUCGCAAACUGAAUAUCAAACUAGAAUAAUGGAUGACAGAGCCACCUCCAAACUUCUGUUCAGGGCUAUAAUGAAGGGCCAGUAUAAACCAGUGAAGAUUAUUGUGGACGGAGGAGCUGAUAAAGACACAACCAACGAAAAUGGACAAACCCCCCUGAUGAAGGCUUAUUUGGAAUUGGACACGUCUUCAACACCAACCAUCGACACAUCUUCUGCCAGCUGUGUUGCUUAA